CCUAGUAACGCACCCUAACAUCAAACACAGGUGGUGGGAUAGUGAAGUUAACGUUAGCUUAUCCGUUGACACUGGGCUAGUUUUUCCUUACAGUAACUAAUAAUUGGCAUAUUUACGUUAACACAAGCUUAACAAUAUCGUAUUAUUAUUUACUGGCUAAUUUCACACAGCUGUAAUGAUAGUUUUACUUGGGUAAUGGCUGAAGUUUCACCGUAGCCAGCUAACGUUAGCCAACAAUUUAUGAUUAACGUUAGCUUAAACGGCGUCCGCUUAAACGUAAUAGGUAACGCUUGUUAACUUUAACCCGACAUGGACUUGGAUAUUCGUCGGUAUCUAACCAAGGCAGAUGGGCAACGAGACCGUGAAGCUCUGCAGUCAGCCUACCGCUUGAUUAAGGACAAGGCAACAGGUGGAACAGGCGGACGCAUUGCCCCGGAGUUGUACGUCGUCUGUGCAGAAACAGCUCUACAGCUGGGUUGUUUGGAGAUAAGUGCAGCGUGUCUAAAGAUGUACUUUGAAGGGAAUCCGCUGGCUAAUCAAUUUUUGUGUCGAGCCUACCUCUGCCAGGGCCAGCUGAAGUCUCCGCCGGCCACAUGCACUGUGGAAGACUUUGAAGAGGCUGUGCAGUAUUUUCUGAGAGCAAUUGAAAUCUCAAAACGUGAACCAAGAUACUACUUCAUAGUCUUCAAUGCUUCGGUGCUGUACUUCCAGACAGUGCGUCCUCUCCUGCUACCAGGGCAGUGCCUCCACCUGGUCCCUUCCCUCAGGCAGGUGAUCCAGAGCCUUGAGGAGGUGGCAGACCAAGACCACAGCUGGAGGGCUGAACUCAUGAUGCACCUGAUCAAAUGUCUGGUGGACUCUGAGAAAAUGGAGGAAGCCUCAAGUUUUGCUAGAACUGCAGAAGGAUUCAUCAAGUCACAUACACCACAUCUUUAUCCAAAACUCUUCACUUUACUGGUGCAUCACAAGCUGACAGAGGGCAAUGUACUCAUUGAAAUGAGCAGACAGUGCUCUACCUUAGCAGUCAUUUACAGAAUACAGGAACUGAAAAACAGGUUGGAAGAAAUGAAGGAGGAUGAGUCAGCAAAAGAGGAACUAGAGCAUAUUUUCCAUCUCCUGGUGGACUGUGCUAAAGAAUCCACUAUGCCUGUGAACUCCAGCCCUCUUCAGAGCCCAACACCCAUGCAACCAGCUGACAGAGUUGCCUUGCUUCUGGAGUUGGCUCUGCUGGCCUUGCAAGUGAAGCAACAGAAAGUAGCUGCUGACUGCUUGAAAGAGCUGAAGUCGAUGGGAGAGGCUACUACUGGCCAGCGCAUAAUGAUGGAAUGUGUCAGCUGUGAAAUCAACCUUCUGAAGAGAGAGGCGAAGAUGAAUGACUACUCCAAAGCCAGCGUUGAGGCCCGACUGAAGGAGAUAGGCAAGCUGGAUCAGUGGCUGCAGACUGCAGUCAGGGAAGGGAACCCUCAGGCCAUGCAGGCAGUGUGUGCUACCCAGUGGAGCUUCUGUCUGCCCCUUUUGCAGCACAACCUCAGGAAACACAUCAAGGCACCUCUGCUCAGUGUGGCCCAAGUACUGGAAGACAUGCAAAGUACGUUGCUGGAGAUGCGCUGUCAAGUCCACUCAGAGCUGGCGGUGAUUGAAGAGGAGGAGGGGCGCCUUGAGGCUUCUUUGACUCACCUCCAGAAAGCCCUGCUGCUCGAUAACGGGACACAACGAGAACAGCUUUUGUCAGCUCUCCGCCUACUGCAGAUCAGAGGGACCCUCUACCAAACGCCCUCCCGGACAGAGGAUAAAGCCGCCAUGCUUAUGCAGCAGGUCAGGGAAAUGAAGCCCCAAGAUAAGACAGACAUUCGUCCCAUCCUGGUCACUGUGGGACUCCUUUUGGCCCCUGGUGAUUUCCAGAUGAUCCUAGAUGCAGACAACACCUCUGAAAUUCCUGCAGGCAGUCCUGGAUCUGGACCAGUGGCUCAGCUCGCUGCUAAGGCUCAGCAUCACUCUACGUCUGUGGGGAAGGUGGAUGGACACCUGGCCCGACAAGGAGAUGAUACAGUCAACACAGAGAGGGUGAAGUUGUGGGCAACACUGGUGAAGACAGCCAGGAAACAGGAAGUUUGGGAUGUGUGCCGAGCUGCUUGUCGAUUCUGUUUGCUUUACGAUGACGGGAGAUGGAAAGUUGCCAACACUGACAAGUGUCGAUGCUCAGAGCAAGAGAGCUGUGCAAAUUGUCUUCACGGUUGCAAUGGAAGUCAAACCUGUGUAAGGGACUUGCUGCGCCUUUUGGCUGAAAUCCAUUUCAUCAGUGCUGAGGCUACAAUCCAAAAGCUGCGAACAGAGGGGGUGCAGCUGAAUAGCCCUGCUGUCCCUGUUCCUGUGGGAAAAGAGGUGUGUGUGUCUGAAGAUGAUCCACACUGGAUAAUUUACAGGGACUGGAUCCAGGCUCUGUCAGCCUACGCCACCUCCAACUUCUUGCGGGCAGCAGAGCUCGGAGCAGAGAUCAGAGAGACGUGGGUGGUAUUAAAUGCAGCCACUUACCUGUGGAACUACAGCAGCCACUUGUUGGCAGCUGGGGAGUAUACAUGCCUGACUCCUAACUUCCAGAUUCUGGUGGAGAUGAUUCGAAAGACAGAGUAUACAGGGAAUCGCGUUCUGUUUGUGCUACUCUGCAAUGCUGUGGCCCGGGGGUUGAUCCAGCCUCUGUGUGGACCAGACAGCUUUGAGAUAGCCCCUCAACAAGACAAGGACAAAAAGAGAGCUGAGAAGGGGAUGGAGAAAGCUACAAGUGUCCAUGGGAUUUCCUUAGACCCUGCUGCCCUGCAGGAAGUCCGCAAGGCACUGGAGCUGUGUGACUAUGCCCUGCACAUGUCCAACUGCAACAUCCCAGGGGAGACCGUCCCCAUCGCAGCGAGGAGGCAGGUGGUGGCAACAUGGGUGCAAAUAAAGAGGCUCCAGCAACAACAGAUUGGUCCAAAGAUGGACACAAAAGAUGAGUGUGAGAACGAGGAAGUGUUGGCGGUGACGCGUGUGCUGGUUGCAGUGGAGAUGCUCCAGUGCAAUCGGAACCCGAGGCAUAUGGAGUUCUCGGUUCCCAGUCUCUCCACACUGGUGAGCAUGGCGUCUGAAUGCAGCUGGACUGAUGCUGGGUUGGAGCUGCAGGUGUGGUGCCAGCUGGCUGCCUUCUGCCACGAUGCCAAGGACCACAGUCUGGUGUUGUGCUGCACCAACAGCGCUCUGCAGCUGGAGGAAAGAGCAGCUAAAAGCCUCCGCUCUAUGCCCUGUGUUUUCUAUGGCCUGACUGCAGUGAAUGACAUGCUGAGCAGUGCAGCUUGUUUGAGGGGUUUGAGUUUGGUCCACAAGUCCAGUGGAGACCUACACACCUACAUGGAGGCUAUGAAGGUGCUUCUUUCCAGUGUCAGCUAUGCAGAAAAGGCUGAGAAUCCAGCACUGUGUGUUGCAGCUGUCAGGCAUUUCUGGAACACCUGUCUCCCCCUGACUAAGACUGCUGAGGGAAGAUUGCAGCUUCAAGAGCCCCUGGAGAAGAUCCUGAAUGCUCUGAUUCAUAUCACCAGACAUGCAAAGGCUCUGGAUUUACAGAUAAGGUGCCAGGGUCAGAUCAAGGGCAAGAAACGGGGCAAAAUGGAAGGCUUGCUGACCUUGACAACAAUGCCUUAUGGGAGUUCCAAACAUGAAUCAACAGAAGAAGAGGACCUUACCCUGCGAGCAGCCAUUUACGGUUUGUUGCUCCAAAUCCACAUUGAUAAAGCAGACUGGAAAAGUGCUGUGCAGCUCCUGGAUCAAGCUAUAAGAGAUGUUCCUCACAAAAGAUACCGACUACCUCUGCUGAAACAACGAAUACUGGUGAAAGCACGACAGGGGGAAAGUGUACUGAUGGACAUGCUGAAGUUAAAAGACGAAGGGGAGCAGUGCUGUUCAUUCAUGUGGCACCAUGUUGCACUGUGUGCUGGCAAUAUAAUGCAACAACUCACCUGCUACCAGAAAUCCAUAUCCUCUCUGUUGAGUGUAGCUUCUCAGUGGCAGAAGGUCACCCUCCUGUUAGAGUUUGGAGAGUGGCUUUACUGUCAUAACUUCCUCAAAGCCGAUGCCCAGCACCAGGUUCAGUGGGCUAUAGACAUCCUUCUACACAUGGACGCUGAACAGACAGAAGGAGCAGAGGAUGAGUCCAAAAAGAAGGAUGUGGGCAGUGUGAAUUGUGAGUCCCUGGUAGGAGUCCAGGGCUCCUUAUUCACACAAAGUUUGUCUAAUAUGAAGAAGGUGUGGCACCUUGACAGCCUGGUACGAGCACACACUCUGCUUGCUGUCAUGGCAGACAGGACUUCAUCUGAGCACCAGUUGAACCUGCUCAGAGCCUACACCUUUGUACUUCAAAUAUGGCAGGUGUCCAUGGCAGUGUGUCAUGAGAUUGCCAGUGAGAUGGGAAAGAAUCAGCCACCCCAGCCUCCGCUCUCUGCGGAGUCUAAAAUAGGCAAAGACAAGGGGAAAGGAAAAAAAGUGAAAGAUCCUACCCCCGCAGAAGAGAGACCUAAACCCGUUGUCUUGGAUCUAUCACUUCCUUCGACCCCUAAGGACUGGGCUGGCUUCGUCUGUCCUGACCAAGCCAGGCAGAUAUUCAGGACCAACAGUAACCCUCAAUGUAUCAAUACACACAGCAUUCCAAAGCAGACACAGAGCCUGUUUUAUCUCAACCUGCUGGAAACAGAGCUCCACUCACUGUCACUCGACCACCUGACACUGCCUAUAAUGCACCUGGCUGAGACCAUUGCUCACGACCUUGUUGAUAGGAGGAGCCUCUCCGACCUCUACCGGCUAAGAAUUGUGAGGACCUGUUGUCGCCUGGCUCUGGACACACAUUCACCAUAUCACGAGAAGCUCCUGAAUCUGAGUAGAAUCCAAGAACAAGAACGGAUUGAGUGCUACAAAUUGAUGGCUUUUUCACAAGAGAAGAGAGACCUUCACAAAGCCUCCAAUCAGGAAGUUAAAAUGGAUGAAAGGGCUUGGUCUGGGCAAGAGAGUAUGGAUGUGUGUGCUCAGGACAUUUGGCUGGACAAAGCUGAGGUUUGCCUCACUAUGGGGCUCUAUCAACCUGCCAGGCAGCUCCUGGCAGAGGCCCACAUUCUGGCUGUGAAACUCAAAGACCAGAAAGCAAUGGCAAGAAGUUUGCUCAGUCUUGCCAUGCUGGCUUGUGAAGAGCAGAACUAUGGCCAGGCUGUGAUCUUGCUGGACAAGGCCCAAAACCUAGGCGGUGAUGAGGAGUUCUGGUACCAGCUGACCCUCUCCAAGGUCAGAGCUGUGGUCGGUCAGAGAGACCGUGGCACACACACUAAGUUGGCUCAAGUUAUAAAACAAGGCUGUGGAGCUCUGAAGCUACUUCUAGAGCAGCGAAUAAACAGAGUCCCAGAAAUCACCUUCUUGAUCACUUCAUUAGAGAUGAGAGGAGCGACUGAAUGUAUACAUGCCCUUGGUGGUGGUGAACCUGGAGAGACACUCAGCGCCGAGGUUGUCCAGAUGCUAAUGGCUGCCUGUGAUACACUCAGAGAUUGCGCCAGUGGUUUCACCAAACUCAGCUAUAAACAAUAUGCAGCAGAGGCACAUGUCGAGUAUGCACAAGGCCUAAGAAUCCUAGCUAACCACACUACUUCUACAGAGGACAAAAAGCGCUUCCUGCUUGACAGCCUCUCCCAGAUGCAGCAAGCUGUUACAGAGCAGGAACAUGCCGUGCUGAAUGCUCAGAGGAUACUUUCCUCUCAGGAGGAGAGUCAUGGACUGUCUCUGGCAGCCAUGCGGAGGCUGCUGCGUCUGCGACUCACCCUGGCAGAAUUUUGUCUGGCAAUGCUGGAAGAGCACUGUGCUGAGAAGAAACGCCAAGCUCUGGCCCGGCAGAGGAAGACUGCUGCUGAGAUAGCAAUGGAGGAAUUUACAUGCUGCACACCUGAACCUAACUCCAUAGAAGAGGAAUGGAUGAGUGUGGGCAGUACCUUGGGGCAGGUGGCUCUGGGCCAGCUGGCUGCAGUCAGUUCUCGCUGCCUGGACAACAUGGAGAUCAGGGCUCUCUCUCUGAGUCUGCUGGGAAAGUACCUCAGACUGCUGGCUGUACAGAAGGAUCCAGUUCAUCUGUGCGCUCUUUGGGACAGACACAAACAGAAGGGGCCCCUGCCUGACCCUAAAGCUGUUUCCAAGGAGGAGGAGGAUUCAGAAAAAGACAGAGGGUCAAGCAGAAGAGAGCAGAGGGUAACCUCUGCCAAAAGCGCUGAGCUGCAGAGGAGUAAUAGAGCCCAGCAGCUGUUGGCACAGGCCAGUAGGGCACUGAGUGAAGUCGUCAGCCUUUGUCUCCACCAUAAGCUUCCCCUCUCCAUCCUUGCUGAUGCUUCUGCCAACAUGUUGGAGUGUCAUGGCCAGUCCGAUCCUGCAGUGGCAGGUCAACAUCUUGCCCUGUUUCAGAGCUGCUGCACUGCUGCUACAAUGGCUGAGGUCCUAAGUUCUGCCUGUGCUGACACCAGUGUGUCCCAGCUCUCUGCUUUGCUCAGCCUACACAGGAAACUACUUGUCUCUCAGGAGGAGAGGCCCAGCAGCAUGCUGAAGGGGGUGGAGGACUCCCUCAAUAGCCUAUCUAAGUCGUUCAGCCAUCUGACCAUCAGUCCCAGCCACCUGAACAUCCUUGCGGAGCUUCCACCGAACCUGAAGAUUUUGCUGCUUCAGCACUCUGAGGAUGGGUCAGAACUUUUUGGGGCCUUUUAUGAGAUGACCAAAGCUCCAAAUCAAAAAGGAAAGACGGUGCAAGUUACAGGUACCCUGGCGUGCUCUGGGGUGGCCAAGGUUUCAGUCUGCCCGCGGGCUCUGCUGGCACUGAGGGAACGGAUUUGGGCCUUUGGCCAGGAGACCAGACAUGCCCUCCUCAAGGAAGCCUGUUGGCAGGGAGCUGAGAGCAGGCUGGAGGCCUCUCAGGAGCAUCAAGUUUUUCUCCAUAAAACUGCCGCAGAACAAGCGUUCAGAGAAAUCGUAAAAGAUAUGGAAGACUAUUUGAAUCCACUCCUCACCCAGUUUGACUUCUCCUGCUUAAGGCCCCAGGAUGCAUCACUACCAGUCUCUGAGAUGACCAAAACCAAAGAUAAAGAAGAGAGAGAGAAAGGCAGCUCAGUAAGGUUACCAGCAGAACCAGGGGAGUACUUGGUGUUGCUGGCAGACAGGAAGUUGCUGGAGUUGCCACUGGAAGCCUUGUCAGUCCUGCAGGGGGAAGGCCUGACUUCUGUGUCACGAGACUUCUCCCUCCAGUUACUCCACAGUCGCCUGAACAGAGAGGAACCAGAGAAAGUUGAAAGUGACAACAAAAAGGAGACCAAAGGUAGCAAAGGAACUAAGGCAAGAGAAGAUCAAAGCCAAGCCAUCAAAGUGAUGACGCUGCCUUCAAACACCUUCCCAGUGGACACACGUAACUUCAAAUACAUUGUUGACCCUCACAAUGAAGGCCACUUUGAAGGGACCAGUCUGAGCAUGAGGAUGAAGGAGAUUUUGGAAAGACACAACCAGCACUUUACCCAUCUGUGGGAAGGCUUUGUAGGCAGCAAACAAAAGCCAAGCCUGUCUGAGGUAGAGCAGCUGCUGUGCAGGUGCAGUGCCUUCAUUUACCUGGGGCUGGAGCGCUUCAUGGCAAACAUCCCACCUGCCAAACUAGCAGCCCUCAACCUCUCUGAGUGUCGCAUGGCUCUGCUCUUUGACAUGGUUCAGAACAAUGUCAGUGUUCUCCGCCAAUUAAACUCUGACAUGCACAAGAGUUCGGAACAGUUUGCCCUGGAGAAACCACUGGAGACUGCUCUGCUGAUGAGUUUGGGUGGUGUCGGCUGUAUUGUCCUCAACCAGUGGCAGACUAGUCUUCAACAAAACACACAAAAUAUGGCCAAGGUUCUAGACAGUAGAUCUACUGAAGGACAGACAGACCUCUGGCCAGACCAUCCAUGCCCUGCGGAGAAGGGACAGCUCAGAGAUGCCACAUCACAAGGAUGAUCAAGAGCUCCUCACUGACUCAAGGGAAGAUGAAGUUCAUCACAAAACGACUGUCACACCGUCAGACUUCAACUGCAUUCUGUAUGGGGUCCCUUUCUUAAUUGUCACGUAAUUUACUGUAUAUCCUCAAUAUUUCUCGCUUACAUUUCGUGGCUCAGGAUGAUGACUGGCAUAUAUGUCAGCCAGCUGUCAUAGUAUGAGAGUUUUUAAUAUAGUUUUUUCAAUAUAUAGCAGAUGUUAAGAGACAAUACAAUGCCUGACUCUGGGAAAUAAAACUAAGGCUAAUGCUCUUGGAGAGGGGAACUCAGACAUAUACAUGACAGUGAACCUUCUUUGUGUAACAGGUAACACUCGACAUAUUGAGUGAAUAGAGUUGCUCUCCACAUUAGUCACUAUGAUUAUCAAUGGUGAUUGAUAUGCGUUUGUAAUGGAUUUGAAAUGAAAUGAAUGAAAACUGUUUUCUUGUGGCUAUUUGCUCAAGACUUGUCUAUUGUGGUUUUCAUAACAAGUGAAUGUUAAUAAAAUCAGUCCCUGAGUUGAGCAAAGUUGACCCGCAACUGAGGGUGCACCAAACAUGCUCUGUCAAACGGUGCCAACAUGAAAACAGCUAGACCUCUCUUUAGUCAACUCAAAUUAAAUGUAGGCUAAUUGUUUCUGUUCAUUUUAAUUUGCAGAAUCCCUUUAUCAGACAUUGCAGUACCAGCUUAAUCCUUGUAUUUGUUGCCGCAUUGCACCAAAUGUUAAUUCAGUAAAUUCCUUAGUGGUAAACACACCCACUGGGGAAAAUGUUCUCAAUGUAAGAACUGUGUGACCUGAGGUUUUGAAUGCUGCCCUAUUUAUUGUAAUUAAGUCAAACCUAAAAUCAAAAGAGAAAGUGGAGGUCACCAGUGGCAUUCCAGUGCUUUAUUCCUGGGCAGAUGUAAAACACACAGAUCAAAUUAGAUUUUUACCCUAAUGUACUGUAUGUAAAAUUGGGGAGAUUCAGAUUGAGACUGUUGGUGUUACACUCAAAGGAAAGACUAACUGGUGAUCUAUUUCUUUUAUAGAUUAAAUGAUUGAAUAGA